GUUUCCUGGGGCCUGACUAAUCCUUAUAUUUCAGCUCUUUCCUGGACUCGAACUCAAGUUCUGUUGAAGGGUCAUGAGGACUCGAAACGUCAACUCUUUUCUUCUCCGCCGAUGCUGCCAGACCUGCUGAGUUUUUCCAGGUAAUUCUGUUUUUGUUUUGACUAAUCCUCCUCCCGGCCGAUGGUGUCGCUGUUUCCGACUCCGAUCUCCACCUACUUCCGGCCGCUGGUGUCGCUGUUUCCGACUCCUGACUCCACCUACUUCCGGCCGCUGGUGUCGCUGUUUCCGGGCUCCUCCCGGCCGCUCGGGGCGCUGCUGGGCGGCGGAGGCGCGCCGCCGGGGAUGAUGGCGGCCGCGGGCGGGAACGCGGGGCUGCACCUGGUUUCCUGGAACGUGAACGGGAUCCGCGCGCGGGGGGAGCGGCUCGUUCCCGAUCUCCGGAGGCUCGAGGCCGAAAUCAUCUGUUUCCAGGAGACGAAAGUGACCCGAGACCUUCUGGAUGAACCAACAGCCAUCGUCGAGGGUUUUAACUCGUAUUUCAGCUACAGCAGGGGACGGACUGGCUAUUCUGGUGUUGCUACCUUCUGUACAGACAGCGCUGUGCCAUUUGCUGCGGAGGAGGGUCUGUCAGGGAUCUUGGCCAAUCCGAACGGAGCUCCUGCUUCCCGAGGCCUGGAAGGCUUUUCAGACGAGGAGUUGAGGGCGUUGGAUGGUGAAGGCCGAGCCUUGAUCACUCAGCAUCGGAUCAGGAACCGUGAGAAGGAGGAGGAGGAGAUACUGACGGUGAUUAAUGUCUACUGUCCCCGCGCAGACCCCGAGAGAGACGAUCGCAAACAUUACAAACUUCGCUUCUACCAGCUGCUCCAGGCAAGAGCACAGGCUCUGCUUGAGGAUGGAGGAAAUGUGAUCAUCCUGGGAGAUAUGAACACUGCGCACAGGCCCAUCGACCACUGUCAGCCAGGGGACCUGGAAUGUUUUGACGCUCAUCCAGACCGUGUGUGGAUGAACGGGUUUCUGUCCUGCUCCUCUGCACUGCCACAAGCAGGUGAGUCUAUUGAAGGUGCUGGACUGGAGGUGACGGGGAGGAGCAGUGACGGACGCUUUGUGGACCUGUUCCGACUCUUCCAUCCGACAGAGAGAGAAGCUUACACCUGCUGGAGAACCAGCACCGGAGCUCGGAAAACCAACUACGGGACGAGGAUCGAUUACAUCUUCGCUAAUAAAUCCUUGGCGGAGACUGGACUGCAGGACUGUGUCCUGUUGCCAGAGAUCGAGGGCUCGGACCAUUGCCCAGUCAAGGCCUUUCUGAAGGCUCGCUGUGUACCUGCAGGGAAAUGCCCUCCGCUUUGCACCAAGUAUAUGCCGGAGUUUGCGGGCCUGCAACAGAAACUUUCCCGGUUCCUGGUCAACGUGCAGGAUCGGGAGAGCAGAUCGGAACUUGAGCAGGAUUCCCGGCCGCAGGCAAAGUCCCAGGCAGAGCAAGUCAGACCGAGCCAGAAGCGACCUGGGGAGUGUAUAACCAGAGAGAAAGGAAAGAGGGGCAGAGGAGAGCCUCACCCCUCGGGGAGUCUGCUGCGGUUUUUCAGGCCAGCGGUCCGGAACCCACUGGCGGAGCCGGAGAGGAGCAGAGACCCGGACCCCUCGGUCCAAACACCUUCCGCAGCCGCUGGACCUGAGCAAGCCCACAGCGAGGGAAGCCCACAGGAGGCUCGGACUCCAGUGCAGCAAAGUAAACCGCCGGCCGCCUUUUGGAAGUCACUACUGAGAGGGCUGCCCCCAGCUCCGAACUGCCCAGGGCACCGGGAGCCCUGCCUGCUGCGGACUGUCAGGAAAGCCGGGCCCAACCAGGGCAGGCAGUUCUACAUCUGCCCCCGGCCUGAAGGCCCCCCGUCAAACCCAGGCUCCCGCUGCAGCUUCUUCCGCUGGGUGAACCCCAACAACUGAGAGCAGCGGCCCCCCCCCCAGUCUCAAACCACCGCCGUCUGCAGCAGGGAGCAAGCAAGGGGCUGCUGGAGUGGCAGAGAUAGGGAGGGAGCGAGUGUAGAGGGGGGGCAGGGGAGGGACUG